AAUUAGACACAGAGAUGACGUGCAAACCAACUCCCCACCCAUUCUCCCUUUGCUUAAAAAUCUAAUCUUCCAAGUUCCAUCUUCUCUCUCAACGAAGAAGACUCCAUGAACGUAUUACAACCACAAGACAUGGAAAAUACGACCCACCACCACCGGAGUCCUCUCCAGCCGCAGGAAGAUCCCACCGACGACGGCAGCUCAGGGAUGGAAAUAUGUGAAUGUGAAGGAAGCUCGUUAAAGGGCCGUCGUCGAAGGUCUUCAUCGGAAGCAGAAUCCGAUGAUUUCAAAGAAGAUGAUGAUGGUCGAGAGAAACUGAAGAGGCAUAGGAUUGAAGUGGCGGGUAGGGUUUGGAUUCCUGAAAUAUGGGGUCAGGAAGAGCUUUUGAAAGACUGGAUUGACAGUUCUGCAUUCGAUGAUUCUUUGGUGCCUCGUGGGAUUAUGUCUGCUCGUGCUGCUUUGGUUGAAGAAGGAAGAAGAGCGAAUUCUGGGAGAUUUAGAAUAGAAAACAGGUGUUGAAUUCCUUAUUUUCUUUUGUGAUUUUCUCUGUGAAUCAAGAUUCAGAGAAACAAAAAUACGUGUUACUGGGUGGUUUCACUUGAUUUUCCUCUUUGCGUAUGAUCAUUUGCUGCACUGUAAUGGCUAAUGAUGAAUCUGGUAAACAUUUUUAUUUGUGAUAAAUGGACUUCAAUUUAGUUU